AUGGCACUCAAUCAUGAGGAGAAAGACGAAAUCUCUACUAAUAUCUUACACGAUCUAUCUCAAACUGCCUAUGCUUGCUCUUCUUUAAUUCCAAUUUCUGGCGGCACUGCCAACUUUGUUUUCCGUGGUAUCCACCGUGAUGGAACCAUUAUCAUCAAACACUCAACGAAUUUCGCAUCUUGUAACCGUGACUUUCCUCUAGAUAUCUCACGUUGCAUUUUUGAAGAGUCGAUGCUCAAUUACCUUCAAGACCUUCCAAUCUCUUUGGUGAAGACACCGCGGUUGCUUCUCUUCGACCAGGUCGCAUACACCCAAGUUCAUGAAGACUUCUCCGACUCCAUAGAUCUAAAAGCAGUCAUAUUCUCUGGAAGUCUAUCUCACUCAGUCGCAAAGUUCAUCGGAUACAAUCUAGGCACUUGGACACGGUCAUUCCAUACCUGGGCAUCAACCCGAACACUAUACGCCGAACAGAAUGAGCCAAUGAGAAAGCUGAAAUAUCUUAUAACAUAUGGCAGUUUUAUCGAAGUACUUGAGAGGUUUCCCGAAGUUCUGGGAACUCAUAAAGCAACGUUAGAAGAGAUCGAAGCUAGAUCGACCAAAGAACUCCAGACAUUGGCAGAUGAUGGUCUUCAAGAUUGGGGCGUCAUCCAUGGGGACUUCUGGUCUGGAAACGUUCUUGUAUCACAGUCCCACAAAAACAACGAACCAGGGCUUUUCAUCGUUGAUUGGGAACUUGCGCAUUUCGGUCACCGAUCGUACGAUCUUGGCCAGAUGAUAGGGGACCUGUAUGAGCGAAAGUACUUUAGAGAUGCCGAACCAGCGAUGUGGAUUAUUCAAGCGCUCAUUGACGGAUAUGGUCCUAUAGAUGAUGACAUGGCAUUUCGAAUCGCGAUACAUACAGGCGUACAUUUGAUCUGUUGGUGUAUUCGUGGUCCCGCAAAAGAUACUCCAGAGCGAAUGUCAGGGAUAAUUAGAAUCGGGAUGAACUUUAUGCUGAAGGCAUGGGAGAAGGACAAGGAGUGGUUUCAAGAUACAAUAUUGGCAUCGCUCUUUAAUUGAAAAGGGAAUAAAUUGCUGUCUGUACUGGGCAUUGAUUUAGUCAAAGAGUUUGAAGCCGCUUUGAGGUCAGGGGCUCGCUAAAUUUAGCGGCUUCGGCUAGCUUUAGGGGGUGAUCACCUGAGAAGUACCAAGACUAUUGAUAUCACUGUUGAGACAUUAGAAACACAUUGUUUGAAUAAUUAAUUUGUCGUGUGAAGAGUUUCAAAUUGAAUGG